GUUUCGUCAGAAUGCAUUUUAAGAUGCAUUUCCUGCAGUGUGUUUUAAUGCUCAACUUUGUUAUAUCUGAUGAUACCCUGGGGUUUAUUGUUCGAGGUCCCUCUGGUCCUCUGGUUGUUCCUCUGGGAGGCUCUGUCAUUUUGCCCUGUUAUGUUGAGACGCCUUUAGUAGCAGAAAAAGUGAAAGUUGUGUGGAGAAGAACAGACUCGGAGACUCUGGUUCAUCUGUAUCAAGAUGGUGAGAGUCAACCAGAUGCCCAGCAGCAGGAUUAUCAUGAUAGAGCUCAUUUCUUUACUGAUCAGAUUCAACAUGGAAACUUCUCCCUCCGUCUGGACAAUCUGAGCGCUCAAGACAAAGGGGUUUACAGAUGUAAGGUUUACAGUCAGCAGGUUGCAGGCAAAACUUUAGUUGAAAUAAAAGAUGUUGAGCGUUUGCUAGUAUCAGGAUCAGAUGAGUCCAUAUCUGCGUCUGUGGGUGAGGACGUCACUCUGAACUGCUCUGUAGACUCUCACAUCACACCUGAACACAUUGAAGAGGUUUCAUGGAGGAAAACUGAUAAAGAUGAAGAUAUUCUGGUUCUGCUGUAUCAAAACAAUAAGUCUUUAUCAGAUUCAUCAGAUGAGCGAUACAGAGACAGAGUUGAGUUCUUCACUGCUGAAAUCCCCAAAGGAAACUUCUCUCUCAGACUGAAGAGUGUCAGAACUGAGGAUAAAGGAGUUUACACGUGUCAAGUGUUUGCUGGAGGACUUUCAGCCAAUGCAACUGUAGUACUGGAGCGACUGGGUUUCUCUGUUUCACACAUAAUGGUGUUGAUUCUCUGUAUUUCUGCAUCUGGAUGUGCACUUGUGCUCUGCUGCCUGAUCUACUGCAGAUCACCAUAUGAAGGGUUCAUUCAACCAUUUGUUCCUCUGGGAGCUUCAGCAAUUUUGCCCUGUUAUGUUGAUGAACUCUUAUCAAUGGAGGGUCUGAAGGUGGAAUGGAGAAGAACAGACUCGGAGACUCUGGUUCAUCUGUAUCAAGAUGGUGAGAGUCGAUCGCAGCAGGAUUAUCUUGAUAGAGCUCACUUCUUUAGUGAUCCGAUUCAACAAGGAAACUUCUCCCUCCGUCUGGACGAUCUGAGAGAUAAAGAUGAGGGAGAAUAUACAUGUACCGUUUACAGUCAGCAGGACCAUUUAUUUUCAACUAAAAUCAUUUUGGAAACGGGUAAACACAAUAGUUCAUCUUCAUUUUCUGGGCUCACUGUGCGCACUCCUUCUGGCCCAGCAGUUGUUCGUCUGGGAUCUUCUGGGGUUCUGCCCUGUUAUGUUAACAAUCGUUUAUUAGAGCAAAUUCGGAAGGUGGAAUGGAGAAGAACAGACUCAGAGACUCUGGUUCAUCUGUAUCAAGAUGGUGAGAGUCGAGCAGAGUCCCAGCAGCAGGAUUAUCAUGAUAGAGCUCAUUUCUUUACUGAUCAGAUUCAACAUGGAAACUUCUCCCUCCGUCUGGACAAUCUGAGAGCUGAAGAUGAGGGACGAUACACCUGUAAAGUUUACAGACAGGAGGAUUCUGUGUCCUUAGCCAAGUUAAAUUUGGAACUGCGUCUACUUGAUUCAUUUUUCCAUCUUCAGAUGUUUCUAGUCAUCUGUCCAAAUAUCAUCAUGUUCUUUGCUUUUGUCUUGUGGGGUGUUUCUGAAGGAUCUGUGAAUGAGUCAGUUUGUUGUUGUGCUCUUUAUUUUCUGAGGCCUCUCAUUUUACUCUGGGCUUUUCCAUAUGUGAACGAGUUCACAGGCAACAUUAAAACAUGGAUUCUGAAAUACAGUUAUUUAGCAGAAUAUUUAGUUCUCUCAGUUGUUGUUUAUUCAGCUCUUUUUGCAAGUGUUUGGGAAAAACUUCUGAAUUAUGCUGAAUUUGACAGAGCUGCGAUAACAUUCCUGUUUUUAAUAAUGUUUCUGUGCUGCCUUUGCAAAAUCAUUUACCUUUUAGUUACAGAGGUUGGAAAGAAAAGUGGACAGAUAAAUACGAUAAUUAACAUAUUUGACUUAGUGGCUGAUACGAUCUUUGAUAUUCUGCCUACAUUACAAUUCAUCCUCUUGUUCUUCACUUUUGCAUCUGUCAGAGGAGGAUUCAUCAUUGUUGUCAUUUUACCAGUGUUACUGAUUAUGACAAAUGACAGAUGUUUUUUCAGAUGGUUUGAUAGACUCAUGUGUUCACUUUCAGUCAGAAGAACAGUGAUGUUAAUCAUCAUAAUAGUGAUUAUUGCAGCGAUGAUCGGCCUUUACAUAUUUACACUGGAAAAUAAAACAGAUGCUAUUGGAUGGGGCUGUGUGACUGUAUUUCUGCAGAUACUGUGGACGGUUAUGAAGUUUACAGGCUAUUAUGGCUUUAUUGCUCAGGAUUUUCCUCGUGUUGUCACUGUGUAUGUGUUUGGAUCAGUUGGUGUUGUUUUACUGAAUUCUUUUACACUGAUGACUGAACUGAUACUGAAAACAGUUAAUGGCGCUCGUACAGUGGGAGAUCUGAGGUCUGUUGUCUUUCCUUCUGAAUGUUUCUUUGUCAUUUCUGUGAUGAUUUCAGGAAUAUUUCCAUCUGGCAUCAUACAAUGCGUGCAGAACACAGUGAAGUCUAGACAAAUGCCAGCUGACAGAUCACAGAUCGACUGA